AAUUCACGGACGGGAAGUAGCUGGACACCCACCUUACAAAUCAGAUGCGUGCUCUUGAAUGCAGUUAAACCCUUUAAUUUGGUCGGAACAAUAUUUUCUUUACAGUAUUUGUGUCGCUAAACACCAGCGGCUUCCACGCAUAUAGUAACAACUGACGUACAGUGUGACGUAUCACUGUUGUUAAAGUGAAUCAUCUUUACGGUAGGGAUGCUGAGCUUUAGGCAGGAGGCCUGAAACCAUCAUUUCUCCAGCAUAUCAUUCAUCCAUCAUCCUCCCGGCGCGAUGGAGGAGAUUCUCCGCAAGCUCCAGAAGGACGCGUCGGGCAGCAAACAUAAAGCGAUGCGGGACGCGUGCGGCGUCGCGCGCGAGACCCUUCAAGCUCAGAAUGGAUCAGUUAAAACACCUCCAUCUAAACUCAGAGAGAAGUGUUUAUUCCCUCUUCGGCUGGCACUGGAGUCUAAAAACACUAAACUGGCUCAGACUGCCCUCACUGGAAUGCAGAAGAUCCUGUGUGAGGAUUGCUUUGCUGCUGUGGAGAGCGAGGGCCCAGAGAAGCAGCUCCUGAGUCAGAUCCUGGAGGCCAUCAGGGUGACGCCCGCCUUACAUGAAGACCUGCAGGUGGAGGUCAUGAAGGUCCUGCUUUGUGUCACCUACUCCUCUACAUUUGAGAUCAAUGGACACAACAUGCUGAGAAUUGCUGAGGUGUGUAUCGAGACGUACAUAUCGAGUUGUCAUCAUCGCAGUAUCAACACAGCGGUCAGGGCCACUCUCAGCCAGAUCCUCGGAGACCUCGCCCUACAACUACGCCAUAGACAAGAAAACACAGGUUUUGAUGGCGAGGAACGUUGCAUUCCUGUGCACCAGCGCAAAGAUGUCUCUCCUACUACUGAUGCGCUGUAUGAAGAUGUUGUUAUGGUGCUCACUGUUUUCUGUGACAAACUGGAGUCUGUCUCAAAUGAAAACCAGCUGCUGCAGUUGUUGUACCUGGAGUGUAUUCUGUCUAUGCUGAGCAGCUGUCCUCCCACAAUGCACCUGCAUCGUAAUUUCACUGACCUCAUCUGGAAGCAGUUGUGUCCAACUCUGGUGGUGAUUAUGGGAAACCCCGCGAGUGAUAAAAGCAUCAGCUCUGCCCACGGUGCGCAGUCUCAGGACUCAGACGCGGCCCCAGGGACAGGGGUCUCGGACCAGGGCCGGGGUUCUGGCUGCUCGUCGAGCGCUCCCGGCAUGAUCGGGCCCGUCGUUCGCACCAUCUGCUAUGUGGCCGCAGAGUUAGUCCGUCUGGUGGGCUGUAUCGAGUCCAUGAAGCCGGUGUUGCAGUCCCUGUACCACCGUAUUCUGCUCUACCCCCCACCCCAGCACAGAGUGGAGGCCAUUAAGAUUAUGAAGGAGAUUGUGGGAAGCCCCCAGCGCUUGUUUGACCUGGCUGGUCCAUGCGUCAUUGAACCUGAGACGAGAAAGAGGUCUUUCUCAAAAAGGAAGUCGCAUCUUGAUCUUCUCAAACUGGUAAUGGAUGGUAUAACGGAAGCAUGCAUGAAGGGUGGAAUUGAGGCGUGCUACUCGUCCGUCUCCUGCGCUUGUGCACUAUUGGGUGCUUUAGAUGAGCUCAGUCAAGGGCGUGGCCUGCAGCCAGACCAGUUUCGAAUGCUGCUGCGGCGAUUGGAUGAUCUGAAGGAAGGGGCGGAGUCAAUGCGUGAGCCUGUAGAACUCAACGAAGCUGAUUUCCGCUGGCAGCGGCGCGUACUUUCGGCUGAGAACGCCGCCUGGGAGACCAGCAUCACUGAACGCAGCCCUGACAUCAGCAUCAGUGUCACGACUGACACGGGCCAGACCACUGUAGAGGGGGAGAUUGGUCAGACCACUCUGGAAGGGGAAAUGGGCCAGACCACUCCAGAGGAUUUUGGGGAGGGACAACGCCUACCAUCGCCGUCUAUCGGCGGGGCCGCAACGGGAGCUCGCCCGGAUCUGCCUGAAUGUGUACGAGACAGUGGCGUCCCAGAAGCCCCGUCCAGUACGGCCCCUCCCGAUGUAGUGCAGCGCAGUCACGGCUUGGCCUACCCUGACAUCACCAACUUUCUAUCUGUGGAGUCCCGGACACGCUCGCAUGGCUCACGGUACAGCGAAAGUAACUUCAGUGCGGAUGAGCAGGAGCUGUCGCGCUAUGAGUUCGAUUCGUGCGACCAGUACUCAAUGGCUGCAGAAAAGGACUCGGGACGCUCCGAUGUCUCCGACAUGGGGUCUGAUAACUGCUCUCUGGCUGACGAGGAGCAGACGCCGCGGGAGUGUCCCGGGCACCGUACGCUACGCACGGCUGCUCUGUCCCUGAAACUGCUGAAGAACCAGGAAGCAGAUCAACAGAGCGCCCGGCUCUUUGUGCAGUCUCUGGCUUCACUCCUGCCUCGCCUGCUGGGACUGCACAGCACCACCGAUGUAGACGUGUCCCUGCAGAACUUCUCUACCACCUUCUGUUCGGGUCUGCAAGCAGGUGGGGUUCAUUCUCCAGGUUUCGAGGGCAGUGAAAACCUGAAUUGUCAGGCUCUGAUGAAUGCGGAUGGAUUGUACCUGGUUUCCUAUUAUGCUUUACUGCUCAACCUCAAACUGUGCUGCUGUGACUUCUACCACCGGAAACCCACGUCUGCCCUGGUGUCUUUGAAGGAGUUUGUGCGUCAGAUCCAGAGCAGUGGGGUUCUGGUGGUUCUGUCUCAGGCCUGGAUCGAGGAGCUCUAUAACCAGGUCUUGGACAGAAACCUGCUGGGAGAGGCGGGAUACUGGGGCUCGGCAGAGGAGCAGUCUUUACCUCUCAUCACCAUGCUCACUGAUAUUGAUGGACUGGGCAGCAGUGCUAUUGGUGGUCAGCUGAUCAGAAAGGCCUCAACACAGUCGCCCUUUGCCUGUGACAAGAAUGGCAGUGACAACUUGGUGGCAGGUGUGGUAUUUGCCCGCUUUAUCCUGACCGGCUGCUGGAAAAACCUGAUCGACACGCUGUCCAUGCCGCUCACAGGACGCAUGGCGGGAAGCUCUAGGGGUCUCGCCUUUAUUCUAGGAGCCGAGGGAGUUAAAGAGCAAACUCAGAGGGAGAGAGACACCAUAUGCCUUAGCCUGGAUGGUCUACGCAAGGCUGCGGCUCUCAGCUGCGCUCUGGGUGUGGCUGCCAACUGUGCCUCAGCUCUUGCCCAGAUGGCAGCAGCAUCAUGUGUUCAGGAGGAGAAAGAGGAGAAAGAAUUGGGGGAGACUGGAGAUGCCAUUGCUCAAGUUAAGCAGCGUGUUGAACAGAAACUCGAGCAGAUGGGCCGCUGUCAGGGCGUGAGGCUUCACACGGCUCAUGUGCUCUGCAUGGACGCUAUACUCAAUGUGGGGCUGGAGAUGGGCAGCCAUAACCAUGACUGCUGGCCUCACGUGUUCAGAGUGAUUGAGUAUGUUAGUUCACUGGAGCACACCCACUUCAGUGACGGCGGCUCGCAGCCUCCGAUGGCCAUCACACAGGCAGCGCAGGCCGUGGCCGUGGACCUGGAGCUGGAGCUGAGUGGAGAGGCCAGUCCAGAGCUGGAGCUGGGUCUCAGCCAUCCCGUUAUCCAGCCGCUCUCCAUCCAGGAGCUCCUGAGGGAAAGCAGUCGCGGGAAAGCAGCGGACCUGCGGGGGGCCAGUCUGCUCACGGGCACCAGUGUGGCCAAAGCCGUCUGCACUCUCUCCACACAAGCUGACCGGCUGUUCGAGGAUGCCGUCAGUAAACUCAACCUCGUGGGUCUCGUGGGUUUCCUGCAUCAGCUCAGAAAAGCUUCACAGUCUCAACUGUUCGAUUCGGUCACGGAAACCGGAGACUAUUCCUUAGCCAUGCCAGGGGAGGCGAAGUCGACCCAGGACAAGCGCAGCGCCCUGCACCUGUUCCGGCUGGGAGAGGCCAUGCUUCGCAUCGUGAAGAGCAAGAGUCGACCUCUGCUGCACAUGAUGAGGGCCUGGAGUGUGGUGGCGCCGCACCUGGUGGAGGCCGCCUGUCAUAAAGAGCGCCACGUAUCCCAGAAGGCCGUGUCCUUCAUCCAUGAUGUUCUGAUGGAGGUUUUGAUCAGCUGGGCAGAACUGCCACACUUUCAUUUUAAUGAAGCUCUCUUCAGACCUUUUGAGCACAUCAUGCAGCUGGAGCUCUGCGACGAAGACGUCCAAGAUCAGGUGAUAACAUCCAUUGGAGAGCUGGUGGAGAUGUGUUCAGCUCAGAUCCAGUCUGGCUGGAGGCCGCUGUUCAGCGCGCUCAGAACCGUGCAUGGGAACAAAACUGAUAUGAAGGACUACCUGAUAGGAGAAUAUUCCAUGGGGAAGUCACAGGCGCCAGUGUUUGACGUCUUCGAAGCCUUCAUUAACACGGACAACAUCCAGGUGUUCGCCAACGCGGCCACUGACUACAUCAUGUGCCUUAUGAAGUUUGUGAAAGGUUUAGGAGAAGUGGACUAUAAGGAGAUCGGCGACUGUGUUCAUGCCAGUGGAUACAGCUCCACAGACCUGUGCCUGCCCGCCCUGGACUAUCUGAGGAAAUGCUCACAGCUGCUCGCCAGGAUCUAUAAGAUGCCAACCAAGCCGGUUUUCUUGGGUGCGCGUCUGGCCAGUCUCCCGAUGAGAGCGCAGGAGAGAUCCGUGAGCAGCGAGGAGGGCAUGGACUGUGUUUUAGCAGAGUUUGACGACGAUACAGGUCUGAUCCAGGUGUGGAUCCUCCUGUUGGAGCAGCUGACUGCAGCCGUGUCGAACUGUCCUCGACAGCAUCAGCCGCCGACACUCGAGCUGCUGUUUGAGCUUCUGCGGGAGGUCACCCAGAUCCCAGGGCCGGGGUUUGCCAUCUUCUCUGUCAUCCAGCUGCUUCUCCCGGUCAUGUCUCUGUGGCUCCAGCGCAGUCACGGCGAGCACUCGUACUGGGACAUCGCGGCGGCAAACUUCAAGCACGCCAUCGGACUGUCCUGUGAACUGGUGGUGGAACACAUUCACAGCUUCAUACAUUCAGAUAUUGGCUAUGAGAAUCUGAUUAACCUAAUGCUGAAAGAUCUCUUCAAACUGCUGGUGUCCUGUGUGGCAGAACCAGCCGAGACCAUCUCCAGAGUGGGCUGCUCCUGUAUCAGGUAUGUUCUGGUGAGCGCAGGGCCUGUCUUCACGGAGGAGAUGUGGAGGUUAGCAUGCUGUGCCCUGCAGGACGCUUUCUCUGCUACCCUGGAGCCUGUGAAGAAUCUGCUGGCUUGUUUCCGGAGCGGUUCGGACAGUUUCACUGGAGACGCGUGUGAGGUGAAAGUGGCGGCCCCGUCACACUCUCCUUCAGUAGAGGCCGAGUACAUGCGGAUCCGGGCCAUGGCUCAACAGGUGUUCAUGCUAGAUACGCAGUGCUCACCUAAAACUCCCAGCAACAAGGAAGGGUUUGAGCACGCUCAGUCCUGUGUGCUGAUUAUUGAGCUUCCAGCGGAUCCGCAGUCCAACGGGCAAGCGCAGAAGAGGAUUCCCUUCAGGACUCUGGUGGUGAGUUUGCUGUCCCAUCAGGUGCUCCUCCAGAACCUGUAUGAUAUCCUCUUGGAAGAGUUUGUGAAGGGCUCUGGGAUCCCUGAGGGCCAGGCCAGGGUCCCGGUAGUGCCGGAGCCCCGAGGCGCAGGCUUUCUCCGCUACAUCUCCAUGCAGAACCUGGCCAUCAUCUUUGACCUGCUGCUGGACUCGUACCGCACAGCGCGGGAGUUCGACACGCGUCCCGGCCUCAAGUAUCUGCUCAUGAAAGUGUCAGGCGUGUGUGGAGCUGCCAACUUAUACCGCCAAUCUGCCAUGAGCUUCAAUAUCUACUUUCAGGCUUUGCUGUGUGCAAUGCUGACGAACCAGGAGAACAUGACGGUGGAGCAGGUGAAGAAGAUCCUGAGUGAGGAAGAGGAGGGCGGCUCAGACUCCUCCCAGCAGUGCUCCUCCGAGGAUGAAGAUAUCUUCGAGGAGAUGGCCCAGGUGAGUCCUCCUCGUGCGCGGGAGAAGCGUCAGUGGCACGCUCGUGUCCCGUCUCUGAGCACGCAGCCCUCCAGCGGCGCAGACUGGGCCUGGCUGGUCAAACGCCUGCACAAACUCUGCAUGGACUCGUGCAACAACUACAUCCAGAUGCACCUGGACCUGGAGAGCAGUUUAGGAGAACAACCCACACACCGGGCCGACCCGCUCUUUUUCUUACCGCUUUUUAAUUCGGAGACGUCCACGCCCUCGACCGGGGGCCCGUCGGGUCACGGGACGCCCUCAGAGGACAGUGUCCGCCUUCACCUUGACGAAACGCCCUCGGAUGAGAUCCACAUCAGUCCCGGUGGGUCGAGUGCAAAUGUCCCCCAGCUGAGAGGAGACCGGAGAGACGGGGCCCGUAAGAAGGAGUGGUGGGAGAGUGCGGGAAACAAGCUGUACACCAUCGCCACCGACAAAACCAUCAGCAAACUCAUGAUCGAGUACAAGAAACGCAAGCAGCAGCAGCAGCAGCACAAUCACUCUGUGUUCCCCAAAGAUGCCAAAGCCGGAGAGAAGAGGGGCGAGGCGGGGACCCUGCGCGGGCCGGACCCCCCGGGACCCCCGAGGCCUCAGCAACUGGUGGAGCAGGGGCCGAUGCGACACUCCUUCAGCGCAGGGCCCGAGCUCCUGAGGCAAGAGAAGAGGACCCGAUCGGGCUCCACCGCCAGCUCGCACAACAUCUCCAUCAGAGACUCUGAGGCACAGAUACAGGCCUGGACCAACAUGGUCCUCACGAUCCUGAACCAGAUCCAGGUGUUGCCGGACCCCACGUUCAUGGCCCUCCAGCCAGCCGUGUUCCCCUGCAUCAGUCAGCUGACCUGUCAUGUGACCGACCUCAGAGUGAGGCAGGCGGUGCGCGAGUGGCUCGGGCGAGUGGGGCGCGUGUAUGACAUCAUCCUGUGAUGACCCGGCUCGUGUGCU